UCGCAGUCCACAUCUCUAGAAGUCCGUGCUGAGGCUCAUUGGUUGUCGGAUGGCAACUGAUUGGUUUAAUGAACAAAGUUAUAAUGAACGCAAACUGUGUUAAGAUAUCGUUCCAAUGAAAGGCGUUGGUUCAGUGAUCGCUCUAACUUCAAUCUGAAUAGCGGUGUUGUAAUACUUUCAACGGCUUAAUUUUGGUGUAUAUUCCAUUUCUGAGAUGACCGCGGAGACGGAACUCCAGUAUACCAGUGCCUCGUCGAGACGGAAAAUCAGGCAGUGUUUUCGUGGCUUUGCGCGUCUUAAAUGACAUUGCCCCUGAACCUUGUGCAUCAGUUAAAACCUUGCUGAGCGAUACCAGCCAUGUAUUUGUCAAUUCGUGGCGGGAAGUAGUCAAUCCACACGUCGUUUGGAACGUGUGCCACUGGCAUCUCAAAAAAAGCUUGACGAAGAACAUCAAGACGCCUGAGAUGUUACAAGAUAUCAAAAAGUUGAGACUCCUUACAAAGAAGCAAGAUUUUUUUUUGGAUUUGACAAGCAUUCAUAAAAAAUAGGGAAAUUAAGACCAUUCUGAAGCCACACUUUUCCAUUACCAGAUUUUUUUUCGGGCUCCAAGAAAUUGCAAGGUUUUUUGAACGCAAGCACUUGUUGGUGAAGGACAAUAUUCGAGGCAUUGGAAACUCGAAGAGUCAGACUACAAUAACUGUCAUUCAGAGCCAUUGAAUGAUUAUGUGGUGGAGAAGUCAGAGCAAUCGUUCAAGGUGGCUAAGAGACUAGAUGGAGGAGAAAUAAAAGACAUACGUCUUGGAGAAAAAUCGAUACCCUUGCAACUCUGCCCGGUGUCUGGUGCGAUGUGAUAAAUGCCCUGGGAAGGCAUUAUGUGCUCACAUAUUCACUUGCGAAUGCAAAAAGUAUGCUUACUGCAAUAUGUGCAAACAUUCGCAUAUCUUGGCCAUAUCCGAAAACACAUGGAUUUCAUCCACUGGUCAACACGACAAUUAGACGAUAACACCUACUCUUAUGUUUGCCAGCCCACAACAGCGGAUGCUCAUGGGGCUCUUGAUGCCCUCUCUCAAGAUGAUCCUAAGCAAUGCCAUGUGCCAAAACUGAUGCCCAACCCUGUGCCCAACCCUCCGCCCAAUCCUCCGCCCAAUCCUCCACCAGAAUUUGAACCUUAUGUGAAGAAAUUUGAGAUGAUCGCCAAAUUUAUGAGCUCCACACAAAUUAGUAAUGAGGCUAAGACAACUUUGGUCCAACAGCUUGGAAACCUUCCAUUGGAUAUGAUUGAGGUCAAGAGCAACCCCGAUAUGUUUCCCAAAAUCGUUCGAAAACGAAAUCAUGAUCCUCAGAGCCGCAGUUUUUUCCCUGUCACCAAAAAACGAAGCCUGAAGGAGAAACCUAACUUUUGAUACUGUCCUUGAAAUUUCCCCGAAUUCCGUCGUUCUUUAUAUGUAGUUUAGAUAUGUACGUAUCCAUUCGAAUUGUAAUAUAGAAUUGAAAUUGCUACUUGUUAGAGAUGUCAUUUUGUUUGGCAGUUUUUCCUCUGAAGCCAAGCACAGAACAUGUAUUUACAGUCAAGGGCACCCGACAACAGAAGAAUGAGACUGGCCUUGAAAGCACAUCGUGCGGAAGCAACACCCACGGGUGAGACCUUCACAUUCGGCUCU